AUGAGCAAGGAAACAAAAUACUAUUCCAAGGAUUUUGAUUGGGACCAACUCAGGCAAGAGAUCGAGAAUGACCCAUCUCUAGAAUAUCAUUUCCUUGCUUUUGACAAUCAGAAUGGUAUCCCUUGUUCAUCACCAUUCUGGCAAGAAGAUUCAGAAGCAUGGAGCCAGUUUCACACUCGUCACUGCACUGGCAAAUUCUUCAAGGAGAGACGGUAUUUGUUGAAAGAAUUUCCAGAACUAGCUUCUUCUAAUGAAUAUCGUAAGGUUUUGGAGGUGGGAUGUGGUAAUGGCAGUACUGCUCUACCUAUAUUACGGUAACCCAAGACUUGCUUUAUCUUAAUUUUCAUUUAGUGGUGCACCUAGUUUGAUUUUGAUUUCUUCGAGUAACUCAUGAAUUAUUAUUUUAUCCAGUCUUCGAGUUAGGAUGGUUUUUCAAUGGCUAUGCUCAAGGACUGUUGGAAGACCUUUAAAGAUGAUUUGAUGAAGGUGUUUAGGGGAUUCUUUAAUAUGGGGUGGUAAAUGUUAACAUUAGUGUCACAUAUAUUUGUUUGAUUUCUAAAAAGAAUAAUUCAUUAAAGAUAAAUGAUUUUAGGCCUAUUAGCUUAGUGAUUGGUUUUCUUGUAAGAUUUUACCUAAGGUCUUGUCAAGUAGAUUGAGGGAGGUUCUGGGAAGAGUAUUUCUAAAUAUCUGGAUCAUUUGUCUGAGGAAGACAAAUCUUAGACAUUGUCUCGAUUACAAAUGAAGUGGCAAUAGGGUAUAACUCUAAUUGGAAAGAAGAUAUGCUUUUUAAUAUUGAUUUUGAAAAGGCAUAGGAUCAUGUGAAUUGGAAUUGGUUAGACCUUGUUUUAGACGUUAAAGAUUUGGGGAGUAGAUCUUGGGGUUGGAUCAGGGAUAUUUAAGUUCAAUGAAUUUUUUAGUGGUGGUUAAUGAUAAACCGCGUAGGAGAUUUAAUGUUUCUAAAGUUAUUAGACGAGGAGAUCCAUUGUCACCUCUUUUUUUUUUUUUUUUU